UGAGCUCAGUGUGUGUGUGUGUGUUUUGACGCUGCAGAGAGCACAGAGGAGGAGCCGCUCCGUCAACUGUUGGUCUCUACAUCCUAAUCUGGAUUAGGGACCGGUCCAGUCUGCGGCGGUGGCCAGGAGGCCGUCAAUAAUCACAUUAUUCUGCUUUGAGUUGACGCCUCAUGAAGAGGGAGCAAAUAAUACAGCGAGGACACGCGUCGCCAAGUCCCCGACGCGUUUUGAAUUAAAGGUAACCUGUCUGUUUUGGAUGCAAUCUUUUGAAAGGAGUUGUGGAUGAAUCUCUCUGGUUUUCCGUCAAUCUGAGCAAAGUUGGAUGAAUGAUUGUUGGCUGCCUGCGGCUGGUGCAGCACAGCGCACUCUGCAGCAUCCAGACGGAGCACUGCAGCCUGACAGAGAGCCUGAAGAGCAUUUUCUGCACAAAGCUCCGCCGAUUUCACAGGAGCAGCUGGACAAACAUGCGAGAAUUAGGUUCCAACAUGAAGCUAACCUAGGUGGAUAUUAUGAAUCUUCAGGUGCAAGUGUCUCGCUCCAAGUCUUCUGGAAUGGCUGCUCUGUUGGGUUGACCACAUUUUUCAAAGUUUCUUCCAGCCAGCAUGGAAGAGAGCAAGCUCAUCUUCAGCCUGGACCGCCGUGAUGAAGGCCCCAUCGUGGCCUUUUCCAAAGAUAAACCACGGGGCGCGGAGAGCCAACCCAACCUCACUCUGGAUAUGGAGUUAGAUCUGAGCCAAGGCCAACGCGCCCACUCGCCGUUCCUGCGUCACUCCCCCUCAUCCCCGGGCUCUCUCGCCGAUCUCUCUGGAGAACUUCCCAUCUCCAGCACCCUCGUCAAGUCCUCCUCCACUGACCUGGAGCCGAGCGAGAGCGGGUCCAUACGUAGCAAACCUCUGCUCAGCUUGGUCAAAUCUCUGAGCACGGAGAUUUCCCGCCGGGUCGAGCCAGAGGUCAACCUCUCAAAGUCGGACUCCAAACUGCAUUUGCAACCCCGGAAGCAGUUUAGUCAUCCUAGAAUCCCUGAGGCCAAGCCUGAUGCGGGAGGACAGAAUGAGGACAACUACUGGGAAUCUUCACCUGGCAGCGUGCCUCCUGUGGAACCACGGGGAAGCUCGCUGAUUGCAGAGCUGGAGGACACUCGCAGGAAGUUUUCCGAGGCCAUGCAGGAUCCUCUUAGCAUGCUGAGUAAGAUCAUGGGGGACGAAAGCUCUGGCAGCCCAAAGCAUGGAAGGGCAGGAGACUCACAGUCCCAACAAGGCAGCUAUGGGAGAGACGGAGGGAGUGACAAUGUAGAGCUUAAGUGUCGGAGAAGAACUGAAAGUGUGUGUGACUCGCCCCUGAGACGACUCCAACAGGGCUCGUUAAUAAAAUCCUCUGGAUCCCCAGAACACCAUACACACAGCAAAGACAGCACGUUGGAAAUUCACACUUAUGGGGACGUGAUCCAGGUGGUGGAGCUGCAGAACGGAUCCAAAGGGACUCAUCAUAAAGCGUACACCCGGUCCAGAGUCUCAUUUCCGGUCCCUCCACUCCCUUUCCACUGGCUCCUCCCCGUGGGUCUUUUAGCUUAUGGUUUCUUCGUGUUGCCCCUGCCCUCCUAUGUGACAGGUCUGUCUAUUGGGAUUGUAUGUGGCUUCAUGUUGGGCCUGGUGGUGGUUUACAUGUUUGCCCCUCGACGCUCAUCUACCAGAAGAGACAAGAGCUCUCGACUGAGCAAACAUCUGAACAUGGAUCCUCUGAAUGGAGAGCUCGCAGAUCAAGAGUUCUUAGAGGGCUGGAUGAAUGAAACACACAGCUACGACCCUGAGUCGUUUCACCCGUCCGUGCUCCAUUCUGUAUUCGUUGCCUUGGAGGGACGCCGGCUACGCCUUGCAUACCCGCGCGCCCACAUCCCCCGGUGGGCGGCGUUUGACGAGACGUCCCACGAGGCUGCGUUUUUGCGAACACGCACCUACCAGCUGGCGAACUGCAAGGUGUCUCUGUUGCCGCCUGGUUUGGCUCGCAAGAGGGUGUGGAAUAAGAAAUACCCCAUCUGCAUCACUCUUGCAGAGGGGGAGGUAGGAGAGGAGAGUGUCAUCGAAGGACAGGAGGAAGAAGAAAGGGCAGAAAAACACACUCUUCCUGACCACCAGCUUCCUGUCACCCUUUACCUUUUCGGCCGCACAGGAAGGCAGAAGGAGGAGUGGUUCCAGCACUUUCUGUCGGCCUCCUGGGCUGGAGCCACGAGCGGUGUGAGCGGGGAGGAGAACGCAGAAGCACUCGUAGGAGGAGACAUUGUAAGAGACAGCACAGAAGAGCUGCACGACUUGCAGGGAGCUUUGAAAACAAGAACACUGCUAGACUACAGCAACUAUAUGACUCAACUGAUCGUAACACAGAGCUGCAACACCAUCCCCAGCCCCUGCAACAGCGACAAGGGAAGCCCCACAACGCACAGGAAGAUUCACAAUGAAGAGCCUGGAUGUGGAGGUCAAGCAGGAGAUGAGCCCAGUGGAGGUUCAGGGACUGGGGGACGCUCUGCAGAGGGCCAGCCCACCUGGGUGAACUCCCUGGUGGGACGGAUCUUCUGGGACUUUCUCCGCGAGAAGUACUGGACGGAUCAGGUGGCGCACAAGAUCCAGAAGAAGCUCAGCAAGAUCAAGUUGCCAUAUUUCAUGAAUGAUCUGACCCUGGCCGACCUUGACAUGGGUACCUGUCUGCCUCAAGUCCUCAGCACCUCCAAACCAACUCUGGACCGCAGAGGCCUGUGGCUGGAGCUGGAGGUGGUGUACACAGGCUGCCUUCAGAUGACCCUGGAGACUAAGAUGAACCUGUGUAAGCUGGGUAAAGAUGGAGAUGACGAGGCACACGGUGUACCAGAGACUCAGCAAGUGGGCUCUAGGCCCAGGCUGUGUACACUGGCCGAUAGUGAUGAGGAGUCGUCCAGCGCAGGCUCGUCUGAUGAAGAGGAGGUCCUUCUGUCUGAGGUGCAGGGGUCUCUGGGAGACAAGAGCCCAGUGGUAACAGCUGAAGGGCACACUGGUGGCAGCACAGGUAGGAAGUUCUUAAGAUUUGUGGACAAAAUAGCAAAGUCCAAGUACUUCCAGAAAGCCACAGAGAACGAGUACAUCAAGAAGAAGAUAGCUGAGGUGUCCAACAUGCCGCUGAUCCUCAGCGUCGAGGUCCUGGAGCUCUCUGGCACUCUGGCUGUCAACAUCCCGCCUCCUCCUACGGACAGGAUAUGGUACAGUUUUCGUGUCCCUCCCAGGUUGGACCUCCAUGUGCGUCCCACGCUUGGGGAGGAGGUCACCUUCACGCACGUCACUGAGUGGAUCGAGAAGAAACUGCAGUGUGAGUUCCAGAAAGUGUUUGUCAUGCCCAACAUGGACGAUCUGUAUCUGCCCCUGAUGACAUCCGGCCUCGACAACCCAGCUGCAUCCCAACAGUCCUCCAUCCACUCCUCUUCGCACCAGUCCUCCAUGGAGUCCAGGAGUACCU